AUGAGAAUGGUACGGAUCAGAUCGACUGACAUGAGUGUCAACUUCUACAAGAAUAGGGACCAAAUGGUGUCGGCGUAUAAGGAUGUGGUCAAUGAAAAGUCAGACAUCGAUUGGGCGCUCUUUGGUUACGAAAAGCAAACAAAUGACUUAACACUCGUUGACAAAGGAAGCGGUGGUUUAGAAGAAUUGUUUAAUGCAUUCAAUGCGAGCCAAAUCUUAUACGCCUUCUGCAGCGUAAAGGAUCCAAACACUGAUCUAUUGAAAUAUGUGCUCAUAAAUUGGCAAGGAGAAGGAGCGCCUCUCCAGAGGAAAGGCAUUUGUAUAAACCAUUUCCGCGAUGUCUGCGACUUCUUUAAAGGCUCUCACAUAACAAUCAACGCCAGAAUUGAAGAGGAAGUCGAACCCGAAGUGAUUUUAAGCAAAAUUACAAAAGUUUCAGCAAAAAUGAACUUAAAGGACAGGUCGGAGAUCAGCGAAAACAUUAGUCCCGUCGGAACUAAUUAUCGAAGAGUUCAGCCCCAGAGAGAGAUCAGUCAAACAGAUAGAGAAAACUUUUGGGCGAAGACUCAGGAAGAAGAGAGACUCCGACUCAUCGAAGAUAAGAAGAAAUUAAAUGAAAAUAGGGUUAAGUCUGAGAAGGAAAGAGAGGAAAGGGAAGUGAGAGACGCGAAACAAAGGGAACAAACGGUUCGCGAAAGGGAUGCAAAUAUUUCAGUGAUCAGAGAAUCGGAGAAAAACGCAACAAAUUCUGCCAAAAAUGUUACAAAACUUACCGAAAGUCUCAAUAAAGAUGAGAUCGACGACAACGAGAGGCGUAAACGAAGCGAAAACAUAAGGCGAGAGAGGGCUGAAGAAGUGAAAGCAGUGAUCCCUCAGAGCUCUAUCCAAAAGGCUCGCGCCUUAUUCGAGCAAAACUCAAGCGCCGGACAAAUGAAUUCCAUUCGCAACUCUUAUCAGUCGAAUAACAAGUCUUUGGUCUCAAAUCGAAAAGAAUUAUUUGAAUCAAACAAUUCUUCAAACAAUAUAUCAAAUAAUUCGUCAAAUAAUUUGCCAAACGUUUCCUCCAAAGAGUCGACGCUUAAGAAUGAUUUCAUUCAAAAACUUUCAUUUAAAGAGGAAGUGAAUGGCAAUCACGUCAACAAACCUAUCAUUCAAAAUGAUGUUAAACCCGAACCCCUUCACCAACCUAUACAACCCAUACAAGAAGCAGCUCCUCUUUACACAUCUCCUCUGCCCACUAAUGAACCAAUUGUUGACACAAUUAAUAGUCCUAUCGAUGAAGUGGUAGAGGAAGAGGUGGAAGAAGAAGAAGUUGAAGAAAUGGUUAUUAAUGGAAACCAUAACAACACGGCUUCAAAUGGUGUCUAUACCAGAGACUUAUUACAGGAAACAUAUAUCGAGAAUCAUCCGCUCGAAGACAUCGCUGAAGAGCAGACGUGGGACGAGCCAAACAAUGGUAUCGUUGAAGACGAAUACGAUUCCACUGAAAAUGUGUUAUCGGAUCGAAAAGAGGGAACGCUUGCAGAAGUGGGGCUCAAGAAAGCACGCGCUCUAUUCGACUAUCAGGCCGCUGAUGAGACUGAGAUAAGCUUCGACCCUGAUGACCUCAUCACUCAUAUCGAGCAGAUUGACUCGGGAUGGUGGCAGGGGUUGGCUCCCGACGGCACUUACGGCUUAUUUCCAGCUAAUUAUGUGGAAUUAAUUGAUUAA